CCUAGCAUGGAAACACAAAUAUGGCGACUAAACAGCAUUGACCAUGACUAAACAUACCUAUAUAUUGAUGGUCAAAUUAUGCAACAGGAGAACAUUCAUGGGAGGAUGUUGCUGUUGUGCUGUUACAUCUACGAACAGGAAACAAAAAGCAGAAGAGAGGAAGAAAGUCCCACGUGUACUAGUCAGACCAGAUUGACAGAUGUAUAAGUAGAGAGUGGUGGAUUUUCAUUCAUUUCACUGUCUUGGAGAACCCAUACGCCUGCAUCUCAAGCAGACUAUCUAACGAUUCCAAUCUGCUGAGCGAGAAGAAGCCUGUCUCAAUCUUCCCCUGGGAGGGAAGCAUCAGCCCUCGACAUGGACAACACAACAGAAUUGGCCCUGACCCCUGUCAAUAACAACUUCACCAAGAGCAACUGUUCCCGUGACAACGUGCUGAAGACGGUGGUGUUCCCUGUUCUCUACUCCCUCCUCUUCCUGUUGGGCCUGUCGCUCAACGGCCUGGCAGUGUGGGUGUUCUUCAGCAUCCCCAGCCGCUCCCACUUCAUCAUCUACCUCAAGAACAUUGUGGUGGCCGACGUCCUCAUGACCCUCACCUUCCCCUUCAAGGUGCUGUCUGACUCCAACAUGGCGUCAGUGGGUCUACGUGUCUUUGUCUGCCGUGUCUCCUCUGUGCUCUUCUAUCUCACCAUGUACAUCAGCAUCCUCUUCUUUGGCCUCAUCAGCAUCGACCGCUGCAGGAAGACCCUCCAGCCCUUCAAGGUGACCAACACGGCCCGUCUGGCCCACAGGAAGCUGCUCUCUGUGGCUAUCUGGGCUUCCCUGCUGACCCUCUCCCUGCCCAACAUAAUCCUGACCAGCCACAGCCCCACCUCGGCCUACUUCAAGUGCAGUGAUCUUAAGACAAGGGCUGGGCUGCACUGGCAUGAGGUGGUCAACUAUGUGUGCCAGAUAAUCUUCUGGGGGAACCUGGUGACAGUGAUAGUGUGUUACACCCUCAUCACCAAAGAGCUGUACAGUUCAUACGCCCGCACCAAGGCUUGCCAUUCUACCGGAGCCAUGCACAACGCUGGUACUGAUGGGGGUAAUGUUGAAGGGCAGCGCCAGCCCAGGAGGAAGAGUGUGAGUUCAAACGUCUUCCUGGUGCUGGCCGUGUUCUUUGUGUGCUUCGUGCCGUUCCACUUCUCCCGCGUGCCGUACACCCUGAGUCAGACAAGGGUACACCUGUUUGACUGCAACUUCAAGCAGUUCUUCUUCCAGUUAAAGGAGAGUACACUCUGGCUGUCCUCCCUCAACUCCCUCCUGGACCCUCUCAUCUACUUCUUCCUCUGUAAGUCCUUCAGAACCACCCUGUUCAAGACCCUCCGUCUCCCACCUGGGACCUGCAGCUGGCUCACUGGAAGAGGGUCCAGCCCCAACACAGCGGAGGAUCAGACCACAGCACAGGAGACACCCCUGGGAGACAAAUCUAUCUGUAUUUAGGCCCACCCCUCUUCCCCGUCUCAUCAACGGCCAACCAACGUACAUGGUGAAGUGCCUCCUGAAGGUUUGGCCACGGGGCAGGGGAUUCCAGUACCUGGUUGACUGGGAGGGCUAUGGCCCGGAGGAGAGGUGCUGGGUCCCCGCUAGGAACAUCCUGGACCCAGCCCUCAUCGCUGCAUUCUAUCGUUGGCACCCCGGUCAAACAGGUAUGCGCCCAGGUAGGACGCCAGGUGGCGCCCCUAGAGGGCUGUCAAACCCUGAUCUGUUUCACCUGUCUUUGUGCUCGUCUCCACCCCCAUCCAGUUGUUGCCCAUCUGCCCCAUUAUCCCCUGUGUAUUUAUACCUGUGUUCUCUGUUUGUCUGUUGCCAGUUCGUCUUGUCUUGUCAAGUCUUACCAGCGUGCUUUCCCGUCUUCCUGUUCCUCAAGUUCUGUUUCCUAGUUUUUCCCAGUUUUGACCCUUCUGCCCACCCUGACCCCGAGCCUGCCUGCCGUCCUGUACCUGCCUGAUCACAAACCUCUGCCUGUCCUCGACCUGCCCUUUGCCUGCCCCAUGUUUAUAAUAAAUUAUCUGAGAACUGUACUAUCCGCCUCCGGUGUCUGCAUCUGGGUCAUAUCCUGA